AAGUCACUGUCUCGCACGCGUACACGAGAAGGACAAGUCCCCGGAUCGUUCACUUCUCAGUAAUUAUUCUCAGCCGCGACCUGUCCCCGGAUCUCCUCCCCGCCGUCUAUCUCGUGCCUUCUCUUCUCCCGUGUGUUCGUGCUCUUCACUUGUUCCGCUUCCUCCCCGGCUCAGAUCCGUGCCCGUUUCCCAAUCUCCGCGCCCGACGGCCGGCGAGCAGGCCUCCUUCCGGCGAACCUGACCACAUAGCCGUACUCCUGGACCGGCGCGGGGUGGAGGUCCAUCUCUUCUUCUUGGAUUGAUUUCUUCGUUGAUUUCUUGGUAACAUUCACUCACUGCUGGUUAGAGGCACGUGGUUUGUUUUUGUUGAAGCUGGCGGUGCAUGUGAAUAGCAGGGCCUGUCAUCUGUCUCUGCUUUUGCUUCCAAGCAAUGGCCAAUGCAAGCAAACACUUGCAGCCUUCAAGCAAAGCAGGAAAUGAUAAGAAGUACCGGGGCACAUUGGUAGCUUCUCCAGCAAAAGCCAUUUCACCCAAGUGGGUGAAGCACAUUGUGCCACCAAAACACCUGAUAUUGAGUGGGGACUCGAUAGGUCACAUGGCAUCGUUUUUGGUUAAGGUCGUUGCUCUUGAGGUAGUCAGAAGAGUUUCUAAAGCAAGAUGUCCUAUUAUAUGGAAUUCUGUUCAAGCAUUGCAAAUUCUCGUGUAUCCUCCGUUUAGCUGGAUUCAACGAUGGACACCACUCAAAUUUGUUGUGCAAGGCAUUCAGAAACUAUCCAUGCCACUGUUGUUUUUGUCUGUCACAACAACAUUAAGUGAGCGAUCUUCUAGGCGUGACGAUGAACCGAGUAGCAAUACAGAGCGUCCUGAGACACCUUCUGAAGCAAAUGAAACAGAAUCAAUGUCCAGCACAAGGGAUGUUGCUGAUGGCACAAAGGAUAUUGUCUCAGAGAAUUGGCUUGUGUUACUUUUCAGGGAACUUGAGAAACAAGGCAUCACUUUGCCCGAGAGGUUCACUGAAGAUGAACUACACAGAUUUUACAUCGCAGCAAAUGGAGACUUUCCAUGCUUGCUCUCUUCAGUUAAGAAAACAAUUCGUUGGAGGGAAACAUUCCACAUACUUACAUUGCAAGAACUUGAUAAGUGGUCUCACUUAGUCUUUUGGCAUGGAUUUGACACUAUGCUUCGGCCUUGUCUAGUAAUCCGUCUUGGACUUGCAUGCUCUAGUAUACCCCCUCGUGACAGACCUUGCUUCGGGCAAGCAGUAGUUUCUCAAAUUGACCAUGGUGUUGUAAAUUUGAUCAAUAAAGAAGAUCCGAGAAUUACUGUUUUGCUGGAUUGUCGUGGAGUUUCUCCAUUCAGAUUUCCAAUGCAAAUGAUGAGGUCAUUUAUCACUGUAGUUCAAGAAAACUACCCAAAUCGUCUUGGGGUAUUAUUUGUUGUCCGCCUUCCUCCAGUUGUCAGAGUUAUUGCACAGACAAUUAUUCAAGUCUUGAAACCAUCUACAAAGCAGAAGUUGCGCUUCGAGGGAGAUUCAUACAAGAAGACAUUGGCGGAGUUCUUGCAAGUUGUGCCAGCUUUUCUGGGCAGUAAAUGCAGCUGCUCGCAAUGCAAGAAGCCUCGUGAUAGUUCAUCAAUCCAGGCAGGCGAAGGGAGCAAGAGCCAACCUCGCCAUAUCAGCGUUGAUGAUGGAUCACCCGUCACAAGCUUCGACUUCGAUGAGCCAGACAUUCCGUCACCUUAUAGCUGCGAGAACGCCAUAAGGGCCGCAAUAAUUGGCCUGCUGAUGGUGUGCAUCUUCAUCGCGUUCCUUGCAGGGAUGAACGACCCAACAUCCCUUCCAUCCAUUGUGUGAGAGUUAUGGAGUUGCCUGGUCUCCUGAAGUAGCACUUAGAGAGGUUGUCAGUUGUAGAGUACAUAUAUAUAUGUCUUGUGUGCUAGAAUGCUAGGGUGGUGUUAUUGUUUCUCUUCAGAUUGGUUUAUAGCUUUGGCUCCCAAUGUGAAUGGAGAUAAAUAAUAUUGUGUGCGUGGCGUGCUCACAGCUCAAUUGAGUUCUUUCCUUUUCCUUUUC